AUGGGUCUCGUGGAGCGAGGAAAAGAAAUGCAAAAUUUGGAUGCGCCGAGGUCCGGAAAGUCGCGGGAUCUCUUUGGCGUUCAGCUCGAGGUAACUUCGUUAUUGCUGGAGGCCGAGCGACGCAAGCUGGCGGUGUUGCAGCGGGAAUUGCAGGCGGCCCUGGCCGAGGGUGGCAGCGUCAAAGUGAAGGAGAAGCAGCGCCAGGAGUUACUCCACGCCAUAUCCAAAAUACAAGCGCAACACGAACAACUGGACAAGGAAUACAGGAUACAUGCAGCUGGUGUCCUGUUAUGCAAUUCACGGGCUUCUGGAAAGGUGAGUUGUACAAGAAUAAUUAAUAUCCAUGAUAAUUAUUCAUUGAAUUUUACAUUUUUGCAUAUUUCAAUGCACAGGAGAAUAGAUGUAAGACAAUUUUCAUAUUAA